AUGUCAAAACCAACAACUAUCAAAGAUGCUAUCAAAAGAUGGGAAGAAAAGCAUCCUGGGGAAUCUAUAAGUGAAGCAACAGAAGUAGGAUUUCAGUUCCAAUGGCCUCCUAUAGAAAAAAUGGAUAACUCUUUAUCAGCCUUAACAAAGGUUAGGAAACUCAGUCUAUCUACAAACAUGAUAGAAAAAAUAGCUGGUUUGAGUGCUCUGAAGAAUCUGAAAAUCCUCUCCUUGGCAAGAAACUACAUCAAAUCUUUCUCAGGCCUUGAAGGUGUAGCUGACACCCUUGAGGAGUUGUGGAUCUCCUAUAAUUUGAUUGAAAAAGUAAAAGGUUGUCAGGUCUUGAAGAAGCUAAAGGUUCUAUACAUAGGCAACAAUAUGAUAAAAGAAUGGGGAGAAUUUAUCAAGUUCCAGGACAUGCCAGCGUUGGAAGAUAUUCUAUUCAUAGGCAAUCCUUUGGCAGACAAUAUGGAUGAAGCUUUAUACAGAAUGAAGCUCUGA